AUGGCUCCCAUCGGUCAGAUCUACGGCUACGUCGGCCACCCCAAGACCAACCACGCCCUUUGCGCCGCCGCCUACAAUGGCCUCGAGCUCGAGGUCGUCGACACCCAGGCCAUGAGGGGCGACACCCGCAAGCCCGAGUUCCUUGCCCUCUUCCCUUACGGCAAAAUCCCCGCUUUCAAGGGCACCGACGGCUUCACCCUCAUUGAGGGCAAGGCUAUCGCUCGUUACGUCGCCGGCCUCUCCAACAACUCGAAGCUGCUCGGCACCGACGCCAAGUCGGCCGCCCAGAUCGACCAGUGGAUCUCGUUCGCCGACGAGGAGAUCCUCAACAACGGUAUCCAGAUCCUCCUCCUCACCAUCGGCCGCAUCCCUUACAACAAGGCCCUCGAGCAGUCGGCUUGGGAGAAGCUCGACCGUGCUUUCGCCUUCGUCGAGUCGGAGCUGCAGAACAAGACCUUCCUCGUUGGCCACCGUGUCACCCUCGCCGAUCUCACCCUCGGCUCGGACCUCGCCAUGAUCUUCGCACGCCUCGCCGGUGUCAACUUCCGUUCCAAGUACCCUAACACCGUGCGCUACUUCAAGACCAUCACUGGUCAGCCCCAGGUCCUCCCUAUCUUCAAGGACCUCACUCUUGCUGAGGAGAACGCCAAGUUCGUUCCCCCCAAGAAGGAGGAGAAGCCCAAGGCUGCCCCUGCCCCCAAGGCCGAGAAGCCCAAGGCGGCCCCCGCUCCCAAGGACGACGAGGACGACGAGCCCAAGGCGGCUCCCAAGCCCAAGAACCCCUUGGACGACCUGCCCAAGUCCUCCUUCAACCUGGACGAGUGGAAGCGCACCUACUCGAACGAGGAGACCCGCGAGACCGCUCUCCCCUGGUUCUUCAAGAACUUCGACUCGGAGGGAUACUCCGUUGUCAAGCUGGACUACAAGUACAACGACGAGCUCCAGGCUGUGUUCCAGAGCAACAACCUCAUCGGCGGCUUCUUUGCCCGUCUUGAGGCCUCGCGCAAGUACACCAUGGGCACCCUCGGUGUCUUUGGCGAGAACAACAACAACUUGAUCUCUGGUGUCAUGAUCUGCCGCGGCAAGGACCCCAAGUCUGUCCUCGAGGUCGCCCCCGAUGUGGACAGCUACAGCAUCUCCCCCCUGGACCUCAGCAAGGACGAGGACAAGAAGUUCUUCGAGGACAUGAUGGCUUGGGAGGCUACCAUUGACGGUAAGGCCUUCGCCGAUGGUAAGAUCAUGAAGUAG